GACGGGGAAGGGGCGCAGGCCGCCCCCAACCCCUCCCUCCCGAGUCCACCCCUGCCCGCCAUGGACUUCCUCCUGCGGCCUCAGCCCGAGCCCGAGGCCUUGGGCCCUGGGACACCUGGGUUCCCGGAGCAGGAGGAUGACGAGCUGCACCGGACCCUGGGCGUGGAGCGCUUCGAGGAGAUCCUGCAGGAGGCGGGGUCCCGCGGAGGGGAGGAGCCAGGCCGCAGCUACGGGGAGGAAGACUUUGAAUACCACCGCCAGUCCUCCCACCACAUCCACCACCCGCUGUCUACCCACCUGCCUCCGGACACCCGCCGCCGCAAGACCCCCCAGGGCCCCCCACGCAAGCCUCGACGGCGCCCUGGGGCCGCCCCCACCGGGGAGACCCCGACCAUUGAGGAGGGGGAGGAAGACGAGGAUGAGGCCCGCGAGGCCGAGGGCGUGCGGGCACCCGCCCAGCCGUCCCCUGCCACCACACCCACUUCUGUGCAGUUCUUUCUGCAGGAGGAUGACGGUGCUGACCGGAAGGCGGAAAGGACCAGCCCCUCGCCCCCACCACCGCCGCCCCACCAGGAGGCAGCUCCUCGGGCCACCAGGGGCGCCCAGGCCGGAGCCCCAGUGGAAGAGGUGGUGGCUGUGGCCAGUGGCACUGCCGGAGGAGACGAUGGGGGUGCCUCGGGGCGCCCCCUGGCCAAGGCCCAGCCCGGGCACCGCAGCUACAACCUGCAGGAGAGACGGCGCAUCGGGAGCAUGACGGGGGCCGAGCAGGCGCUGCUGCCCCGCGUGCCCACGGACGAGAGCGAGGCCCAGACGCUGGCCACAGCCGACCUGGACCUCAUGAAGAGCCACCGGUUUGAGGACGUCCCCGGGGUGCGGCGGCACCUGGUGCGGAAGAACGCCAAGGCUGAGUCUCAGCCUGGUCGUAACUGCCCCGGCUCCUGCCUGCGCACCAACUCGGGCCGCACACGGAGUCCUCUCAUGGCCCGGGCCCGGCCCAGCAGCGUCCUCGCUCCGCCCCAGGUGUUUGUGGAGCUGAACGAGCUGCUGCUGGACAAAAACCAGGAGCCCCAGUGGCGGGAGACGGCGCGCUGGAUCAAGUUCGAGGAGGACGUGGAGGAGGAGACGGAGCGCUGGGGGAAGCCGCACGUGGCCUCGCUGUCCUUCCGCAGCCUCCUGGAGCUCCGCCGGACGCUGGCCCACGGGGCUGUGCUCUUGGACCUGGACCAGCAGACCCUGCCCGGCGUGGCCCACCAGGUGGUGGAGCAGAUGGUCAUCUCUGACCAGAUCAAAGCCGAGGACAGAGCCAACGUGCUGCGGGCCCUGCUGCUGAAACACAGCCACCCGAGUGACGAGAAGGACUUCUCCUUCCCCCGCAACAUCUCGGCCGGCUCCCUGGGCUCCCUGCUGGGCCACCACCACGGCCCGGGGGCCGAGAGCGACCCGCACGUCACCGAGCCGCUCAUCGGCGGUGUGCCCGAGACCCGGCUGGAGGUGGAGCGAGAGGUAGGGCAGGCGGCGGGGGCGGCGGAGGACGAUGACCCCCUGCGGCGGACGGGCCGGCCCUUCGGGGGGCUGAUCCGAGACGUGCAGCGCCGCUACCCCCACUACCUGAGUGACUUCCGGGACGCCCUUGACCCCCAGUGCCUAGCCGCCGUCAUCUUCAUCUACUUUGCAGCGCUGUCCCCGGCCAUCACCUUCGGGGGGCUGCUGGGAGAGAAGACGCAGGACCUGAUUGGAGUGUCGGAGCUGAUCAUGUCCACGGCCAUCCAGGGCGUGGUCUUCUGCCUGCUGGGCGCCCAGCCGCUGCUCGUGAUCGGCUUCUCGGGGCCGCUGCUGGUCUUCGAGGAGGCCUUCUUCUUGUUCUGCAGCAGCAACAACCUGGAGUAUCUGGUGGGCCGCGUGUGGAUCGGCUUCUGGCUGGUGCUGCUCGCCCUGCUGAUGGUGGCCCUGGAGGGCAGCUUCCUGGUGCGCUUCGUCUCCCGCUUCACCCAGGAGAUCUUUGCCUUCCUCAUCUCCCUCAUCUUCAUCUACGAGACCUUCUACAAGCUGGUGAAGAUCUUCCAAGAGCACCCCCUCCACGGCUGUGCAGUCCCCAAUGCCUCCGAGGCCGAGCGUGGCGGGGGCGGCGAGAACGCUGCGUGGGGCGCCGUGGACGUCACGCCCGGCCUGGGCAACAGCAGCGCGGCCCGGCAGCCCGGGCAGGCGCGGCCCCGGGACCAGCCCAACACGGCCCUGCUGUCCCUGGUGCUCAUGGCCGGCACCUUCUUCAUCGCCUUCUUCCUGCGCAAGUUCAAGAACAGCCGCUUCUUCCCCGGCCGUGUGCGGCGGGUGAUUGGGGACUUUGGGGUGCCCAUCGCCAUCCUCAUCAUGGUGCUUGUGGAUUACAGUAUCGAGGACACUUACACCCAGAAACUGAGUGUGCCCAGUGGGUUCUCGGUGACAGCCCCAGAAAAACGGGGCUGGGUCAUCAACCCCCUGGGGGAGAACAGUGCCUUUCCGGUGUGGAUGAUGGUCGCCAGCUUGCUGCCCGCCAUCCUGGUCUUCAUCCUCAUCUUCAUGGAGACACAGAUCACCACGCUGAUCAUCUCCAAGAAGGAGCGCAUGCUGCAGAAGGGCUCCGGCUUCCACCUGGACCUGCUGCUCAUUGUGGCCAUGGGCGGCAUCUGCGCGCUCUUCGGCCUGCCCUGGCUGGCGGCGGCCACGGUGCGCUCCGUCACGCACGCCAACGCGCUCACCGUCAUGAGCAAGGCCGUGGCCCCCGGGGACAAGCCCAAGAUCCAGGAGGUCAAGGAGCAGCGGGUGACAGGGCUGCUGGUCGCCCUGCUCGUGGGCCUGUCCAUAGUCAUCGGCGACCUGCUGCGGCUCAUCCCCCUGGCCGUGCUCUUCGGCAUUUUCCUGUACAUGGGCGUCACCUCCCUCAACGGGAUCCAGUUCUACGAGCGCCUGCACCUGCUGCUCAUGCCGGCCAAGCACCACCCGGACGUCACUUACGUCAAGAAGGUGCGGACCCUGCGGAUGCACCUGUUCACGGCGCUGCAGCUGCUCUGCCUGGCCCUGCUCUGGGCCGUCAUGUCCACAGCCGCGUCCCUGGCCUUCCCCUUCAUCCUCAUCCUCACGGUGCCGCUCCGCAUGGCGGUGCUCUCCCGCAUC